AUGCCUCACAUAUCCAAUACCCCAGAAUCUUUGCUACCACGCUCGGAUUCCCGGAAUCCCGCCAACACAUGUAGAGGCAUCACAACUCAAGGCCGCUCCUGUCGGCGCGGCGUAACACCGUCCCCAAAUCCGUCUCCGGUAUCGACUCCUCGAAAGAAGGACCCUCGACAUGCACCGAUAGAUGUGGAUUCUUUGUAUUGCUGGCAACACAAAGACCAGGCUUUUUCUUCGACCCCGGUCACUCAACCCACAACCCAUGAAGACUCUUUGAAGCCAAGGUCUAGCAUUGAUACCCUUAUGGACCGACUUGGCGUCCUUGACAUCAACGAUGGAACACAAAAGCCUCCAAAAAGGCGGUAUACGAACCAAGCCAACCUCGGCGAAAAACCUCGACCUCGGCCCAAGAAGAAGAAAAGCUCCUUCUGCUGCUUCGAGAUUGUGGACGAAGAAAGCGACCAGGAUUCCAAACCAUCCAUUCCAGUCAAGAAACCCACGCCAUCUCGUCCAUCACAUUAUUCUAACCAAGGGCGCCCCCAAAAUGGCCGCAUCCCAUCGUCUGGUCAGCAAAAACCAUCUCGGCCUUCUGCACCAACCCCCAGAAAGUCUUCGCAGACCGGAUCUCUUUUAUCAUGGAUUCCUUCCACUUUGGAACCUCAAACGACAUCGAUUCUUCUGACGGAACUAGCCAAACCUAUUUCCGAUGCUGACGAGGAAGGCUACAUCUACAUGUUUUGGGUUACACCUCCAAAAAGUACCCCACGAGGAAGUGGACCAAGUGGACCGGCUCAACCCCCCAUCCCAAGGGAUAUCGCAUCCUCUCUGCUGCCCCAAUCCCCCUAUAAGGACAACACCCUCCGACCACCAGCACAACCACGCAGUGUCAGUGAUGCAAUUCGCGCAGCACAAGGUCUCAAUGCAUUAACCACAAACCCGACAUCUACCUCACCCGGCACACUCAGACUGAAAAUAGGCAGGACGAGUAAUGUCCACAGAAGACUGGUGGAAUGGACACGCCAAUGCUCUCACGAUUUGACACUCAUACGCUACUACCCUUAUACCCCUUCGUCUACAAACUCUUCCCCAGCUAGAGUGCCACCAUCUCGGACCCCGGCGGCCUCUUCAGUAUCCGGAAGUAAGGUCCCACAUGUCCAUCGUGUGGAAAGACUUAUUCAUCUGGAAUUGGCAAAUCUUCGAAUUCGUGAUCUUGGCCAGUGCACAGAGUGUGGCAAGGAGCAUCGCGAGUGGUUUGAGGUUGAAGCGCAGAAGGACGCAUUGCGAAAGGUAGAUGAAUGUAUUCGGCGGUGGAUUGCAUGGGGAGAAUCGAUGAAAUAA